GCGCGAGUGCUUUCUCAUCUUAGAACGCGAUAUUCUAUGGCUUUUUAUGUGACGAUGGUGGUCUCGUAUCAAUUUUGUCGUCCGAAAGUCUUUUUUUAUGUGAAUUAUCACGAAUCUCGCGGCCAACAGCUCAUCCGUUUAUAAUGUCCGUUGCCGAAUUUCUUAAGGGCCUUCCGUCACACGACGAAAACAAUUUUGCAAAUUUUCAUACCGAUAAUGGAAAUCGGACAUGUGUCAAGAGACCGUCGGUCUAUCUUCCUACCAAGGAUUACCCUUCCGAACAAAUCAUAGUUACUGAAAAAACAACCAUUUUGCUGAGGUAUCUUCAUCAACAAUGGGAUAAGAAGAAUGCAGAUAGAAAACGAGAGUUCUUGUCUACCAAUGGCGACUCCCAAGAGGAUGCAUCUACAGUACGCAGUAAAAGGCCACGUCUUGAUCUGAAUAACAGUCUUUAAAAUAUGUUACAUUUUUCAUAUGAAUGAAUAUUCUUAAAUGAUUGUAAUUGAUUGAUAUGCUAUAGAAAUCUGUUAUUCACAGUUGGAUAUAUUUAUGGUACAUGGCUACAUUAUUGUCGCUUAAAUUUAUAAAAGUAAAAUGUACCAUUUUUGACAAUAUCUUUAGUAAAUUUACUUUUUUUUGGUUUUUUGACUAUAAGAAAAAUUAUGAUUUUUUUAUAUCUAAAUAACAUACAAAAAACGAUAAAAUGAUCUGCUUUGUACAUAUCGUGAUAUAUUUUUAAUUGCAUCUUUGCCAUCUCGAUUGUUAUCAUUAAGUUGAAUACUUCAAUUAAUGUACUAAUUCUCAUUGAAACAAUAAUUGGCUCAUACUGUAUUCUUUUCUUCUUCAAGACUGUCUAUUACAGCGGAAAAUGGAACUUGAAAGAAAUCGUGCAUAUUUGCAAAAUAAGUCAUUAUUUCCAAUUUGUAAAGCAUUUAUCUCAUAAUAAGACGAACUUGUAAGUUUUUACACAGUAUUUAUUAUAUUCUAAUUCGGUAUGAUAAUAACUAAAUAACGUUAACCGUACUUUACAAUAACAAUUACGAUAAGUGUAUUAAUAAUAUUAACAUUUCAAAUAAAUUCUUUUUAUAGUUGUAUAUACAUUUUAUUUCUAUUUACGUGCAACAUCUCUCUGAUCGUAUGAUGAGCACAUAAAGACUAUAUUAUUUUGCGCGUUGCAAUAUGUAUAUACAAUAUAUAUAUCAUUUCUCAAGGCAAAUAAAGAAAAUUAUUACUUCAA